ACCGGGUGUGAUCUCCACGCCUCGAGCUUCGCCCAGGGGUCCCGGAACACUGGGAGGUGGUUCGACAUCGCUGCGACAAAAGACAAGAGAAUGCCGUGUUCGGCGCCCUCGGCGGACCAGGGACCUGUGCCGGUCCCGUGACUACCUUAGGGUCAGUCGGGCGGACUUGACAGAAAUUUCUGAUCAGCCCCGCUGUCCGGCUCUUGUUCCUGCUUUCUUUGAACCCCCUCGCUUCCGCAGCCACCGAGGUUGUCGGACGCCAUCAGCAGCGUCGAGCGCCCUCGCUUUUAUCUGAUUUCUUUUGCCACAUCCCUAUGUCGAACGAUAUCGCCAUGGCCAGCGACGACGACAAGCCUCUCGCGUCUAAGGCGGCGGCAAAGGAGGUCAACGGCGCCCCCAACGGAUCCCACGCAAACGGAGACCGGGAGAUGUCCGCGUUGAGCGAGGACGAGGACGAAGUUCCACUGUCGCAGCAGAGCAGAGCUCCACCACGUACGAAGCGCAAACGGCCCGUUUACGCAGAAUCCUCGUCCUCUGAGGAUGAUGUGCCCCUGGCGGCGUCCCCAGGCAAAAGCCACUCUGCCGCCGUCCCCAUGCCCGGCGCCGUCGAGGCCACCACCGUCCCCGCGUCAUCCGUUAACGGCAAGAAGAAGGGCCGCGGAACCAAAGCGUCCGACGACGGUUCCGACUACGACGACGCCUCCCCACCCCCCAAACGCGCUGCUGCCAACGGCAAGGGCAAGAAGCCCGCGAAGAAGAAGCCGAAGGUCGAGAGCGACGACGAAGCCGACGACGAGAGCCCUCCUCCGAAGAAAGCCCCUUCGCGCAAGCGUAAGGUGAAGGAGGAGAGCGACGACGACGAGGACGCGAAGCCACUCAAGAAGAAGGCUGCACCUCGCAAGUCCAAGGUCAAGCAAGAGAGCGACGACGACGAUGACGACAAGCCCUUGAAGAAGGCUGCGCCGAAGAAGGCAUCUACCUCCAAGGCCAAGAAGGAGGCUGACACCAAGGAGACGAAGCCGAAACGGGGCAAGGCGAAGAAGGAAGAGUCCGACUCGCCGAAGAAGACGAAGAAGCAGAAAGAGGAAGAGGAGCAGGCGGAGAUCUAUCGCUGGUGGGAGCAGCAGAACCAGGACAACUCUGUCAAGUGGACGACGCUCGAGCACAGCGGCGUCAUCUUCCCCCCGCCCUAUGAACCCUUGCCCAAGGACGUCAAGAUGAAGUACAAUGGCAAACCCGUCAACUUGUCCGUCGAGGCUGAGGAAGUCGCUGGCUUCUAUGCUGCACUCCUAGAAUCCGACCAUGCGCAAGACGCGACGUUCAACAAGAACUUCUUCCACGACUGGAAAGAAGUGCUCAAGAAGCAUCCACCGUUGGACGGUACGCAGAUUACGAGCUUAGAAGCCUGCGAUUUCCGCCCCAUGUUCGAGUAUUUCGAGGCGGAGAAAGCAAAGAAGAAAGCUAUGACGCAGGCGGAGAAGAAGGAGUUGAAAGCUCAGAGGGAGGAGGCGGAGGCAAAAUAUAAAUUCUGCCUCCUCGAUGGUCGUAAAGAGCAGGUCGGCAACUUCAGAGUCGAACCGCCAGGUCUCUUCAGAGGCCGCGGCGACCAUCCGCGCAAGGGUGCUCUCAAGCAUCGUGUGCGGCCGGAGGACAUCAUCCUCAACAUCGGCAAGGAUGCCCCCGUUCCCGUGCCCAACAUGCCUGGGCAAUGGAAGGGCAUCCAGCACGACCAGACCGUGACGUGGUUAGCGACGUGGACGGAGAACGUCAACCAGAACCACAAGUAUGUCUUCCUGGCGGCUGGCAGUUCUCUCAAGGGUCAGAGCGACAUGCAGAAGUUCGAGAAGGCGCGCGAGUUGAAGAACCAUGUCGAUCGCAUCCGCAGCAACUACGAGAACGACCUCAAGUCGAAAGUCAUGGCCGAGCGCCAGCGCGCGACGGCCAUGUACUUCAUCGACAAACUCGCCCUUCGUGCGGGUAACGAGAAGGGCGAAGACGAGGCGGACACGGUCGGCUGUUGUUCGCUGCGUUGCGAGCACGUCACGCUCGAGAACGACAAAGGCGAAUACUAUAUCACCUUCGACUUCCUGGGUAAAGACUCCAUCCGGUACUACAACCGCGUCCAGGUCGACCAGCAGAUCUUCAAGAACGUGCGCAUAUUCAAAGAGAAUAAGAACGACGACGAUAGUCUGUUCGACCGCGUCAAUACCAGCUCUCUCAACAAACAUCUCACGACGGAGAUGAAGGGCCUCACCGCGAAGGUCUUCCGUACCUACAACGCGUCCAUCACCUUCCAAAGGUUGUUGGACGAGUCGGGGCCCUCACUCAAGAACGCUACGCUUCAGGAAAAGCUCAACGCGUACAAUGACGCUAACCGCAUGGUCGCCGUCCUCUGUAACCAUCAGCGCUCCGUCCCCAAGACGUUUGAGCAGUCGAUGGAGAAGAUGCGCCGGAAGGUCAUGGGCCUCAAGUACGACCGCAUGAAGCUCCGCCACGCUCUGUUCAACCUCGACUCCAAGUACAAGAAGGACAAGAAAUACAGUGCGAUGGAGUCCGACAUCGACGACGACUUCGUCGAGUCUUGGGAGGACGAGUGCAAGGCCACCGACAUCGAGAAGGCGGAGAAGAAGUUCGCGAAGGAGAACGAGAAGUUGGCGGAGGAGGGCAAGCCCGCUCAGUCGGACAAGGUGCUGAAGGAGCGCAUUAAGGAUAUAGAGGACAAGUAUAAGGCGCUCAAGAAGGAGCGGGGGACGGGGAAGGCAGACCCCGGGAAGAAGACGGAGGAGAAGAUUAAGGACAACAUUGAGAAGCUUGAUCAGAGGAUAAAGCAGACCAAGCUGCAGAUCACGGAUAAGGAUGCAGGCAAGGAGAUUGCGCUCGGCACGAGUAAAAUCAACUACCUUGACCCUCGCAUCACGGCGUCGUGGGCUAAGAUACACGAGGUACCCAUCAACAAGAUGUUUUCGAAGACGCUUGUGCAGAAAUUUCCUUGGGCUAUGGAAGUAGACGAAGACUGGAAGUUUUAGGCUCCCCGUGCUCUCGUGCAUGUCGAGGCGCCCUCAGCGUCAACGAACAUGCUUAUACCGUUGUGGACGGACAGGACGGCGAGGGUCCUAGGACAUGGCAUCAUCCCCUCGUCGCUGUUACAUUAGCAUCUCUCAGUCGCUCGCAUUUAUAUAUCAGUAUUCUCGCUGUGUGUAGUGCUAUAUAUUAUACACCUGCUUUCCUGCAACUUCAGUCCAGUUUGCG